GGGGAAUAUUAUAUAAUUUUGAUGUAAAAUCAAAUUUCAGUCUAGUCAUAAUAAGAUGUCGGUUUUAGAUGACAUCGAAAUUUCAAGAAAAGCUUCUAUUUUGUCUAUUUUCUCCGAUAAAUAUGAAGCACAUAAAAAAUCUAUCAUCUCUGAAAAGGGAAAAGAGCCGAAAGAUAUCUUAUUUAUUGUCCAUAUUUUAUGCUUCUUUGUGGGAUUUAUGAACAUCAUGCCUAUGGUUUUUUUCAGCACUGCACAAACUUAUUGGAUGUACAAAUUUCGGAAUGCAACUCUAGAUGAAGAAACGACAAGCGGUAAAGACAGAACGGCGUUACAAUCUUACUUUCAAUCAGUACAGAUGGUGGCUAGUAGUGUACCGAACGUUAUAUUCACAUUGUUAGCUUUAUUUUAUGGUCAUAAAUUAUCAGCAAUUAUUCGAUCAAUUGGUGCAUUGGCAGUGCAGUGUACCAAUUUUGCAAUAUUUGCUGCGUUCACAUACAUCAACACAGAUUCAUGGCAAAACUCAUUUUUUGUGUUAACUAUGGGAUUAUUCACUAUAAAUAGUGCUUGCACAUCCACAUUUCAUAUGUCUUCAGUCGUUUUAAUGGCAAAGUUACCCAGCAUAUAUAUGUUCUUCUUUUUGAUUGGACAAAAUGGAACAGUUAUAACAACAACUUUACAAAUAAUCGCGUUGUCGGUAACAGAUAGAAGCUUAAUAACAGGUGCAAUUUAUUUUACCGCUGGGACAAUAUUAAUUGGUCUAACGUUAAUUUUGUUAUUGGUUGGUAGAAUAACACCAGUUUUUAAAUAUUAUGACGUAACCAAUGUCAAAGAAAACAAAACCGAAGAACUGAAAUGGUCUGAAUGUAAAAUAUUGAUUAAAAAGAUAUGGCCCUGUUUAGUUAUUAUCUGUGGGCUAUUGACGUCAUCUAGUUUCGUGAUGCCUGGUAUAAUUACGUUGAUUGUUUCUGAAAAUGACACGGAGAAAACAGCCUGGACCGCAAAGUAUUUCACUCCCGUAACAGCUUUUCUUAUACCGGAGUUAGUAUCUAUUUUGGGAAGGGUUACGGCUAAAAAUUUCAGGAUAACGAAUACCAAUAAAUGGUGGUACAUAGCAGUGGUGAUUAUCAGAGGUGUUACGCUUGUACCAUUUUAUAUGUUCUGUAGAGCUGAACCAAGACAUUUACCAGUAGUUUUUGGUAGCGAUUGGCAGUUUAUCUCAAUUCAUGCAUUUUUUGCAUACACUAUGGGAUUUUUAUUGAAUGUUACUUUUAUGAGUAUUCGAACUUUAACAGACAAGCCAGAACUUGGACUGAAACUUUUAGGCCUGGUAGCAUCGCUAACUUCAGCUGCGAAUACAGCAAAUGGUGUACUGAUGGUUAGAUUACUUUGAGCAGACGUUCUUCAUUCAACUCAUGGAUUAUAUUUUAAAUUAUGAAAUAAAAGAGUUUUGUACUAAA